AGACACCUGGCCCUCUACCUCCUUAGUGAGAGAGAGAGAGAGGGAGAGAGAGGCUUUUUUUUUUUUUUUUCUUUUUUUUUCCCUCUAUUUGGCGCUCUACCUCCCCUUUCCUGGAAACGCCGACCACUUAGAUUCUCCAUUAGCGUCGCGGGUUCGAUUCCCCGCACCACCACAAACCCCUUUUUCUCAUUUUCUUACGUGAAGAUAUGAACACGCUCACCUGCUGAUUCCUGAAUUAUUCUUUUUUUUCGUCUCUGGUCUGGUCUCCCACUUCGCCGUCAAUGGCUGCCCACCACCAGCUCUCUGCAGUGAAGGGCGCAAAAGUGCUGAUGGUAGGGGCGGGCGGCAUAGGCUGCGAACUUCUCAAAACUCUUGCUCUCUCUGGUUUUCAAGACAUUCAUAUUAUUGACAUGGACACGAUAGAAGUGAGUAACCUAAAUAGACAGUUUUUAUUCAGACAGUCACAUGUUGGGCAGUCUAAAGCUAACGUUGCCCGUGAUGCUGUGUUAAAAUUUAGGCCUAACGUAAGCAUCACAUCAUACCAUGCGAAUGUCAAGGACCCUAAAUUCAAUGUCGACUUUUUCAAGGAAUUUAAUGUUGUUCUGAAUGGACUGGACAACUUGGAUGCAAGGCGACAUGUGAAUCGUCUUUGCCUGGCAGCUGAUGUGCCUUUGGUGGAAAGUGGGACUACUGGGUUCUUAGGACAGGUCACUGUACAUGUGAAGGGUAAAACAGAAUGCUAUGAGUGCCAACCAAAACCCACUCCAAAAACAUAUCCUGUGUGUACUAUUACCAGUACUCCUUCGAAGUUUGUUCACUGCAUUGUAUGGGCAAAGGAUUUACUUUUUACAAAGUUGUUCGGAGACAAGAAUCAAGAAAAUGAUUUAAAUGUGCGUUCAAGUGAUGGUGCCAGCUCAUCAGAAAAUGCUGAAGAUGUAUUUGAACAUAAAAAAGAGGAAGAUAUUGAGCAAUAUGGGAGGAGAAUAUAUGAUCAUGUAUUUGGUUACAACAUUGAAAUGGCUUUAUCAAAUGAGGAGACAUGGAAAAACCGUAAAAAGCCAAGGCCUAUAUAUUGCAGAGAUGUUUUCCCUGAUGAAGGGACGCGGCAGAAUGGAAAUUUGGAUAAGAAUUGUGCAAGUGAUGAUCCAUUGUCAGUGUCUGCCAUGUCAUCCCUAGGCUUGAAGAAUCCACAGGAUAUAUGGAGCCUUAUGGAGAACUCAAGAAUCUUCCUUGAGGCUCUGAAACUAUUUUUUGUAAAAAGACAGAAGGAAAUUGGGAAUUUGUGUUUUGAUAAAGAUGAUCAGCUUGCUGUAGAAUUUGUUACUGCUGCUGCAAAUAUCCGAGCCACUUCUUUUGGGAUUCCUUUGCAUAGUCUUUUUGAAGCUAAAGGUAUUGCUGGUAAUAUUGUGCAUGCUGUUGCAACUACAAAUGCUAUUAUUGCUGGACUGAUCGUGAUUGAGGCAAUUAAGGUGCUGCAAAAUGAUAUAAACCGCUACAGGAUGACAUACUGCCUUGAACAUCCAUCGAGAAAGAUGCUACUUAUGCCAGUGGAACCAUUUGAACCAAACAAAUCCUGUUAUGUUUGUUCUGAGUCACCUCUAACGCUAGAGGUUAACACUUUCCAAACGAAGUUGCGAGACUUUGUUGAAAAAAUUGUGAAAGCCAAGCUUGGUAUGAAUUUCCCAUUGAUUAUGCAUGGUUCAACCCUUCUUUAUGAAGUUGGCGAAGAUCUUGAGGAAGAUAUGGUAGCCAAUUAUGCAGCAAACCUUGACAAGUUGCUAUCUGAGCUGCCAUCACCAGUUACUAGUGGGACAAGGCUCACAGUUGAGGAUCUUCAGCAGGAACUGUGCUGCAAUAUUAAUAUCAAGCAUAGGGAAGAAUUUGAUGAGGAGAAGGAACCUGAUGGAAUGGUUCUCUCCGGAUGGACUCAAGCUCCACGUGUAGAGAAAGAUAAAAAACCAGCUGUUGACAAUGGUGGGAGCACCUCAAAUGCAUCACCUUCAGUGCUGGUGGAUGCUGAGCAGGAUGAUGAGGUACAGAUUCUUGGCACUCCCCCUGGGAAGAAAAGAAAGCUGUCUGAGAUUUCUGAGGCCAGCACUUCAGGUCCUCCAAGUGCUGCUGAUGAAUCCAGGAGUUGCAAAGACCUAGAAGAGCCUGAUGAUGAUGGCAAUGUUAUAGUCAUGCUUGAUGGGGGUUCAGAAGUAAGCAAGAAGAAAAGAUUGCAAUAGUUUUUCCACAGGCUUUAGCGUGUAGCAGGUUCUUCAUACAUCCUAAUUUUGUACAAUUAGGUAGAGAUGGUUAUUCUUUUUAGCGCUUGUGUAACUCCUUUCAAGUGUUAUUGUUGGGUCUCAGUCUGUAGUAUUCUUUUUUGAAGUAGAAAAAGUAACGGGCCUCCCAUUUUUCCAUGGUUCAAACUGUAGAAACAGUGUGUACACAUACUAACUAAACUAAACUGUCAUGUGUGACUCAACAUUCUUAGCACCUGCAGCUUCUUUGUAAACUGACAGAAAUUUGGUUAUCAAAUGAAUGACCAUAAUGUUGCUGGCUUCUCUCAUUAUCCGUAUGAAGCAUUUGCUUGGAUGUGGUGAAGAUACUAUAGAUCAUUUCCGCGUAGAGACAAGACAUUUGCCUCCAUUUUACUGAAUGCAAGGUCAAAUGUCUUCAUUGCGCUGUAUGUUUUCCUGCAAGGCAGGGCAGCAAAAGGCCAGGGUUGGGAGCUAUUCUGUUCAGGCUAAUGAACUAAUUGUCUUAGGUAUGGGAAAUUUUGAUAACUAUGGUUGUUUUUGAGCACCAUUCAAUAAUGCAGGUGAAAGAGGAUGUUUUGAUUUUGAGAUGAGGUGUUUCACCCAUGCCUCAAGCUGUUGCAGGUGUAUAGCCAUUGAAAUGAGAUUAAUAAAUUACGAAUCUCUUAUAUUUUAUGAUAUCUAUGUUAUGUCUCAUAUUGAAUGAUUCUUUAGCUCUGAGUCUCUCAAUCCUGUUGGCAGCCAUUCUUCUAUGAUUGGAAUUAUCAGUUCAUGAUUUUUAUUUUGUUUUACUUUAUUUUUUAUUUUUCUUCUCGCAUCGGAUUGCAGAACAGCAACAUCAGCGACAUGAAAUGAAAACUCGCAAUUAUCCAUUGCACCAGUUUAUGGAGGUUGAUCUUAUGUACACUGGAAGAAAUUGAAAACAAAUGACAAAGGGGUGAUGACAGGUGCACUCAUAUUCAUUGCUCAGUGUCCUAGGCGCCGACACAAGGUGUAGCACAUUGGGUUGUACUCGACACUCUUCGACAGGGAUAUGGAGGAAUCUGCAUUUCCUGCAUGUCCAAAACUUUCUUCCUCUUCUUGGCUUCUGGGUUUUCUCUUUUCUUGAGAUCUUCAAGGCACUGAGCAUCUGUUAUGCACGUGAAUGAUCUCGCUUUACCUGAGUAAUAUCUUGACAAUCCUCUCCUGCCAGAAAAGAAACAAUUACAUUGUUAACGAUCAUGAAUCAAAAUUCUCCCCCACUCUGCAUAUGGAUAACUUUGCAAUCAAUGAAAAAUAGUAUGCCUACUUUUGGGGAAGAUUGGUUCUCAGAGCACCCAUGUCAAAUGCCUUCGUACUUUCUGUUUCUUUCUCCAUAUUGAAUUGGCACAGAGAGAGAGAGGGAGAG